AUGCUCGUAGAGGGGCGCCUCAGAGGACUUCCCCCCGCGCAACCGUCCUCCCGCAACCACCUCCCCCAGAGUAUCAUGACCCCCCAACCAGCAAUUCCAGCGCCUUCGGCGCAAAGCGGGCAGCAGGGCGGCAUAGACAGCGACAUUUCCCUUGUCUGCGAACUCGCAGAGCUCGUUUCGUCGGCGUCGGGACGUGACGACCCCAUCGCCCGCUGGUGGGAUAAUCUUGUGACACAGAUUAUUCCACCAGUGCAGUCAGUCAACCCAACUAGUGGUAGUGCCAUGCUGCGCACCUUCGGG